GUUGUUGUUCGGCGGCGGCGGCGGCGGCGGCGGCGGUAAGAUGGCUGCCCACGGGGGCUCCGCCGCUUCCUCGGCGCUGAAGGGGUUAAUUCAGCAGUUCACCGCCAUCACCGGUGCAAGUGAAAGUGUAGGAAAACAUAUGCUUGAAGCCUGCAACAAUAAUCUGGAGAUGGCAGUCACUAUGUUUUUGGAUGGUGGAGGAAUUGCUGAAGAACCCAGUACCAGUUCAGCAAGUGUCUCUGCUGUCAGACCACACACAGAAGAAGAAGUCCGUGCUCCAAUUCCUCAAAAGCAGGAAAUAUUAGUGGAACCAGAACCUUUGUUUGGUGCUCCUAAGAGACGACGGCCUGCACGUUCAAUAUUUGAUGGUUUUCGAGAUUUUCAAACUGAAACUAUUCGGCAAGAACAGGAAUUAAGAAAUGGAGGAGCAAUAGAUAAGAAACUAACUACUCUUGCAGAUCUAUUUCGGCCACCCAUUGACUUGAUGCAUAAAGGCAGCUUUGAAACGGCCAAAGAGUGUGGCCAGAUGCAGAAUAAGUGGCUGAUGAUAAACAUCCAAAAUGUACAAGACUUUGCGUGCCAGUGCCUCAACCGUGAUGUAUGGAGCAAUGAAGCUGUGAAGAAUAUUAUCCGGGAACAUUUCAUUUUCUGGCAGGUUUAUCACGACAGUGAGGAAGGUCAGAGAUACAUACAGUUUUAUAAGCUAGGGGAUUUCCCCUAUGUUUCCAUCUUGGACCCACGGACAGGUCAGAAGCUAGUAGAAUGGCACCAGCUUGAUGUAUCUUCUUUCUUGGACCAAGUGACAGGAUUUCUGGGUGAACAUGGGCAACUGGAUGGACUUUCUAGCAGUCCCCCCAAAAAAUGUACCCGUUCAGAGAGCCUUAUAGAUGCAAGUGAAGAUAGCCAGCUAGAAGCUGCCAUCAGAGCCUCCUUACAAGAGACACAUUUCGAUUCAACACAGACAAAACAAGAUAGCCGCUCAGAUGAAGAAUCUGAAUCUGAACUUUUUUCUGGCAGUGAGGAGUUCAUAUCCAUUUGUGGCUCUGAUGAAGAAGAGGAGGUAGAGAAUCUUGCCAAGUCCAGAAAGUCUCCCCACAAAGAUUUGGGGCAUAGAAAAGAGGAGAACAGAAGGCCACUCACUGAGCCCUCAGCCAGAACUGAACCUGGAACAGCCACAAAGCAUCAAGGGUUGCCAGCUGUGGAUUCAGAGAUAGUGGAGAUGUCGCCUGAAAAAUCAGAUGGAAUAGUGGAGGGUAUAGAUGUAAAUGGACCAAAAGCACAGCUGAUGUUGCGGUAUCCAGAUGGAAAAAGGGAACAGAUCACUCUUCCAGAACAAGCUAAACUGCUAGCUUUGGUGAAGCAUGUUCAGUCUAAAGGAUAUCCAAAUGAACGUUUUGAACUUCUUACCAACUUCCCUCGAAGGAAACUGUCUCAUCUGGACUAUGACAUUACAUUACAAGAGGCAGGCCUUUGUCCUCAAGAGACUGUCUUUGUACAGGAAAGAAAUUAACACCAUAACCUGACCUCUCUCAGCUUACCCCUUUAUUCCCUUUUCCUGUGAGAUACCAUGUCACUAAGUACGCAUUUUGGCUCAUAGGACCAUAGAGCCAAAGUUGGACAAGCAAGUCACCUGCCUCCUCUUACUUUUAUUCUCUUUUUCUUUUAUAAUCAGUCUUUUUCCCUUUCCCCACCUCCCCCCUUUUUCCUUUGCUAUUUUCUCCUUUUUCCCCACUUUUUUUCUUUCUUACCUAAUCUGGUGACCAAAUGGAAGUGUAAGGAUAAAACCUAGUAUUGGCAGCAGGAAAUAUGUGUUCCAAUAAGUGGUCUCUUGCACGGCACUUUUUUGGGAUCAACUGAUAAUGUUACUCCUCAGACUCCUUGGCAAAGAAAUGGCUAGAUUCAGAAUAAGAACAACCUCCCUUUUCUGUAAGACCACAUUUUUAGUAGGCAGAAGAAGUUCUCUGACACUUGUUUUGUUCUGUUCUUCAGGUAGGAAGUAUCAUAUAAAAAUAUUGAGGCUUUUGUUUACAUUGAAAAAGUAUCCCUUAUAAUUACUGUUUAUCAUAUUUAAAAUCUUUUCCAAAGGAUUGCCAUCUUUCCAGCUACAAGAAUUGUUUCCAUGAUAUGUGUUAUUGGCAGAAUGAGUGUCAAAUGUAGGGUGAGUAGCGUGGGGUGGCUUUCAGUGUCCUAGCCUGAGACAGCUUCUUCAUUAUUACUCUAUUAACUGUAUUGAUCCUGCUAGUCCUGGAGUGGACAUUUAGUGAGCACAUUGUGGUGACUGGGAUAGAAAGGUGCUUGCUGUUUUUGCCAGUACAGCAUAUUAGUUUCUUUGGCCCCUUCAUUGUCUGGAUACACAGUGAUCUAUAGGAAUGCAGCUGUUCAAUAAUCAUGCAGUAAAAUGGCUUGUAAUUGUAAUCACUGUGGUUAUUAAUUGUCCUAUGUGCUUUAAGGCAUACUUAUGUAUGUCCCAGAGGAAAAAGAAGACAUGAAGCUGAGAGUUGCUAACUAUGUUCCUUUGGUUAGAAAUAAUGUUCAUUUUUAUCGCUGGUUGGAGUAGUCUCUGAAAGGCUCUAGCGACUGAAUGAGCUUAAUUCUACAUGCUGUUUUUGUUCAAAAGGUAUCAAAACAGAAAGCUUCUCUAAGGGGAAGACCUUUAAAAACUCAAUUCAUAAGACAAUAUUUAGUAAGAGGAAUGAUGGAGAUUACCAGUAAUCUUCAGAUGUUAUAGGCUUUUCCUGCCAACAAAAGCCACAUUCAAAUUGUAGUUGGUGAAAGCUUUUUUCAGUAUUAUUUAGAAGAGGCCAUCUUGAAUCUAUAUACUACUGUUGUCAGCUUCACUGUAUGUUCAGUUCUUAUUUUGAGCUUUAAAUAAAGUCCUCUGAAGGGGUGGUAGUGAUUCUGGUGGCAAAAUCAGAACUUCAGCUUGUUAUACAACCAUAAUAUAGAAUGGAUCUAUUUUGUCAUUUGGGGAUUUAGAUUGAUUCUUCUACUUGAGUAACAUAAAUUGCUAUUGUUCAGAGAUCUUUAGGUUCCCACCUACUUUAAGAUUGCUUUCUUGGUGACUAGGGGAUAUAAAGAAAAAAAAAAAAGAUGCUAUGUGAUGCUAGUACACAAUUAUAGAAUAUGGAUUCUAAUGGUUGGAUUUUGAAGGACCCUCUCUAAAGAAUGAGUUAUGUAUCUCCUCAAGGAAAUCAUGGAAAAUUCUGUUUAUUCUUCAGUGAGUCCUUUUGAAUUAAUGUUCUUACAUUUUUUUCUAAG